AUGGACGGGGACGUGGACGUGGACAAUGUCGUGGACCUGGACAUUGUCGUGGACGUGGACGUGGACGUGUUCGUGGACGUGGACAUGGACGUGGACGUGGACAUGGACAUGGACGUGGACAUGGACGUGGACGUGGACGUGGAGGACAUGGACGUUGACAUGGACGUGGACGUAGACGUGGACGUGGACGUGGACAUGGACAUGGACGUGGACGUGGACGUGGACGUGGACAUGGACGUGGAGAUGGACGUGGACGUGGACGUGGACAUGAACGUGGACCUGGACGUGGACGUGGACAUGGACGUGAACAUGGACGUGGACAUGGACGUGGACGUGGACGUGGACAUGGACGUGGACGUGGACGUGGACGUGGAUGACUUGGACGUAGACAUGGACGUGGACGUGGACAUGGAGGUGGAGGUGGACGUGGACAUGGACGUGGACGUGGACGUCGACGUUUACGUCUACGUGGACGUGGAUAUGGACGUGGAUGUGGACGUGGACGUGGACGUGGACGUGGACGUGGAGGACUUGGACGUGGACAUGGACAUGGACGUGGACGUGGACGUGGACGUGGACGUUGACGUGGACAUGGACGUGGACGUGGACGUGGGCGUGGACAUGGACGUGGACGUGGACAUGGACGUGGACGUGGACGUGGAUAGGGAAGUGGACCUGGACGUGGACGUGGACAUGGACGUGGACAUGGAUGUGGACGUAGACAUGGACGUGGACGUUGACGUGGAUGUGCACAUGGACAUUGACAUGGACGUGGACGUGGACGUGGACGUGGACGUGGACAUGGACGUGGACGUGGACGUGUACGUGGACGUGGACGUGGACGUGGACGUGGACGUAGACGUGGAGGACUUGGACGUGGACGUGGAUGUGGACGUGGACGUGGAUGUGGACGUGGACGUGGACGUGGAGGUGGACGUGGACGUGGACGUGGCUGUGGACGUGGACGUGGACGUGGAGGACUUGGACGUGGACAUGGACAUGGACAUGGACGUGGACGUGGACGUGGACGUGGACGUUGACGUGGACAUGGACGUGGACGUGGACGUGGACGUGGACAUGGACAUGGACGUGGACAUGGACGUGGACGCGGACGUGGAUAGGGAAGUGGACCUGGACGUCGACGUGGACAUUGACGUGGACAUGGAUGUGGACGUGGACAUGGAAGUGGACAUGGAUGUGGACGUGGACGUGGACGUGGACGUGGACAUGGACGUGGACGUGGACGUGGACGUGGAUGUGGACGUGAACGUGUACAUAGACGUGGACGUGGACGUGGAUGUGGACGUGGACAUGGACGUAGACGUGGAGGACUUGGACGUGGACGUGGACGUGGACGUGGAUGUGGACGUGGACGUGGAGGUGGAGGUGGACGUGGACGUGGACAUGGACGUGGACGUGGACGUGGACGUGGACAUGGACGUGGACGUGGACGUGGACGUGGACAUGGAUGUGGACGUGGACAUUGUCGUGGACGUGGAUGUGGUCGUGGACGUGGACGUGGACGUGGGCGUGGACGUGGACGACGUGGACGUGGACGUGGACGACGUGGACCUGGACGUGGACGUGGACGUGGACGUGGAAGUGGAGAUGGACGUGGACGUGGACGUGGACGUGGACAUUGUCGUGGACGUGGACGAAGACGUGGACCUGGAAGGGUCGUGGACGUGGACGUGGACGUGGACGUGGACAUGGACGGGGACGUGGACGUGGACAUUGUCGGAAGUGGACCUGGACGUGGACGUGGACAUGGACGUGGACAUGGACGUGGACGUGGACAUGGACAUGGACAUGGAUGUGGACGUGGACGUAGACGUGGACGUGGACACGGACGUGGACGUGGACGUGGAAGACUUGGACGUGGACAUGGACGUGGACGUGGAUGUGGACGUGGACGUCGACGUGGAGGUGGACGUGGACCAUGGACAUGGACGUGGACACGUGGACGUGGACGUGGACGUCGACGUGGACAUGGACGUGGACGUGGACGUGUACGUGGACGUGGACGUGGACGUGGACGUGGACAUGGACGUGGACGUGGACGUGUACGUGGACGUGGGCGUGGACGUGGACGUGGACGUAGACGUGGAGGACUUGGACGUGGACGUGGACGUGGACGUGGAUGUGGACGUGGACGUGGACGUGGAGGUGGACGUGGACGUGGACAUGGCUGUGGACGUGGACGUGGACGUGGAGGACUUGGACGUGGACAUGGACAUAGACAUGGUCGUAGACGUGGAUGUAGACGUAGACGUGGACGUGGACGUGGACAUGGACGUGGACGUGGACGUGUACGUGGACGUGGACGUGGACGUGGACGUGGACAUGGACGUGGACGUGGACGUGUACGUGGACGUGGACGUGGACGUAGACGUGGAGGACUUGGACGUGGACGUGGACGUGGACGUGGACGUGGAUGUGGACGUGGACGUGGACGUGGAGGUGGACGUGGACGUGGACAUGGCUGUGGACGUGGACGUGGACGUGGAGGAAUUGGACGUCGACAUGGACAUGGACAUGGACGUGGACGUGGACGUGGACGUGGACGUUGACGUGGACAUGGACGUGGACGUGGACGUGGACGUGGACAUGGACAUGGACGUGGACAUGGACGUGGACGCGGACGUGGAUAGGGAAGUGGACCUGGACGUGGACGUGGACAUUGACGUGGACAUGGAUGUGGACGUGGACAUGGAAGUGGACAUGGAUGUGGACGUGGACGUGGACGUGGACGUGGACAUGGACGUGGACGUGGACGUGGACGUGGAUGUGGACGUGAACGUGUACAUAGACGUGGACGUGAACGUGGAUGUGGACGUGGACAUGGACGUAGACGUGGAGGACUUGGACGUGGACGUGGACGUGGACGUGGAUGUGGACGUGGACGUGGAGGUGGAGGUGGACGUGGACGUGGACGUGGACGUGGACGUGGACGUGGACAUGGACGUGGACGAGGACGUGGACGUGGACAUGGAUGUGGACGUGGACAUUGUCGUGGACGUGGAUGUGGUCGUGGACGUGGACGUGGACGUGGGCGUGGACGUGGACGACGUGGACGUGGACGUGGACGUGGACGACGUGGACCUGGACGUGGACGUGGACGUGGACGUGGACGUGGAAGUGGAGAUGGACGUGGACGUGGACGUGGACGUGGACGUGGACAUGGACGUGGACGUGGACAUGGACGUGGACGCGUGGUUGUGGACGUGGACGUGGACGUGGACGUGGUCGUGGACUUGGACGUGGACGUGGACGUGGACGUGGACGUGGACAUGGACGUGGACCUGGACGUGGACGUGGAAGUGGACACGUGGACGUGACGUGGAUGUGGACAUUGUCGUGGACCUGGACAAUGUCGUGGACAUGGACGUGGACGUGGUCGUGGACGUGGACGUGGACGUGGUCGUGGACGUGGACGUGGACGUGGACGUGGACGUGGACAUGGACAUGGACGUGGACGUGGACAUGGACGUGGACGUAGACGUGGACGUGGACGUGGACAUGGACAUGGACAUGGACGUGGACGUUGACGUGGACGUGGACGUGGAGGACUUGGACGUGGACAUGGACAUGGACGUGGACGUGGACGUGGACGUUGACGUGGACAUGGACGUGGACGUGGACGUGGACGUGGACAUGGACGUGGACGUGGACAUGGACGUGGACGUGGACGUGGAUAGGGAAGUGGACCUGGACGUGGACGUGGACAUGGACGUGGACAUGGAUGUGGACGUGGACAUGGACGUGGACAUGGAUGUGGACGUGGACGUGGACGUGGACGUGGACAUGGACGUGGACGUGGAUGUGGACAUGGAUGUGCACAUGGACAUUGACAUGGACGUGGACGUGGACGUGGACGUGGACAUGGACGUGGACGUGGACGUGUACGUGGACGUGGACGUGGACGUGGACGUGGAUGUGGACGUGGACGUGGACAUGGAGGUGGACGUGGACGUGGACGUGGACGUGGACAUGGAGGUGGACGUGGACGUGGACGUGGACGUGGACAUGGACGUGGACGUGGACAUGGACGUGGACGUGGACGUGGACGUGGACAUGGACCUGAACGUGGACGUGGACGUGGACAUUGUCGUGGACGUGGACGUGGACGUGGACGUGGACGUGGUCGUGUACGUGGACGUGGACGUGGACGUGGACGUGGACGACGUGGACCUGGACGUGGACGUGGACGUGGAAGUGGACGUGGACGUGGACGUGGAAGUGGAGAUGGACGUGGACGUGGACGUGGACGUGGACGUGGACAUGGACGUGGACGUGGACAUGGACGUGGACGUGGACAUGGACGUGGACGCGUGGUCGUGGACGUGGACGUGGACGUGGAUGUGGUCGUGGACUUGGUGGACGUGGACGUGGACGUGGACGUGGACGUGGACAUGGACGUGGACCUGGACGUGGACGUGGACGUGGACGUGGACAUGGACGUGGACAUGGACGUGGACGUGGACGUGGAUGUGGACAUUGUCAUGGACGUGGACGAAGACGUGGACGUGGACGUGGUCGUGGACGUGA